UCCCAGAAUCCAAGUACCAGCAGCUGCAAGAAAACAGUGUAGUGAGGGACUUGGUCACCCUCCUCUUGCCCUACUAUAUUUAUGCCCUGAGAAAAUCCAUUUUCUUCUAAGAGCUACCGGGAACAUGUAUGAAUGAACAAGGUCACUCUUGACCAGGAAGUGAUCACUGCCUAGUAAGUAUGUGCUAUAAAGCCACCCAUCACGAAAGCAGUCACUGUCUUUGGUGAUCAUCCCUUUGAUCAGGCUGUGGACACUAGAUUCUGCCAUUCUAUUUCCAAUUUCUGAUGAUGUUUUGAAAGCCAACAGCUGCAUGCCUGACCAAUAUGGAUUACUCCCAUUUCCUGUCCAAAAGAAGCGCAGCAAGGCAAACAAAUCCUUUAAGACUGACCAAAGAGCUGGCAAAGAUGAUGUCCUCCUUAAUCAUGCUUGCUGGGGGUAUGCCGAAUGCUGACUAUUUCCCGAUAAAAACAGCAAGUAUCACGCUUAUUGAUGGAACUACCAUUGAAAUAGGUGAAGAGCUGAUGAAGAUUGCUCUCCAAUAUAAUGCUGCAGAAGGAAUUCAAGAACUAGUGUCAUGGUUAGAAGACUUACAAAUGAAAAUUCAUGACCCACCAACAGCCAAGUACACUCCUGAGAAUGGACAAAUGAAGAUAUCUAUCACAUCCGGGAGCCAGGAUGGACUUAAUAAGAUUUUUGAUAUGCUUAUCAACCCAGGAGAUAAUAUCCUUAUGGAUGAGCCAAACUAUUCUGCAACCCUGACGGGGCUCCGGCCACUGGAUUGCAACAUUAUCGUCGUCCCUAGUGAUGAACAUGGUAUUAUUCCAAAAGCAUUGAAGGAUAUUCUUUCCAGAUGGAGACCUGAAAAUAUCCAUAAACUCAAUGGCAAGACCCCAAAGCUCCUGUAUACCGUUCCAAAUGGCGGCAAUCCUUCCGGAAGCUCCUUGACAGCAGAACGCAAAAAGAAGAUUUACCAGCUUGCUAAAGAAUACAACUUCCUUAUAGUAGAAGAUGACCCAUACUAUUUUCUCCAGUAUGAAAAGACAAUAGCACCAUCAUUUCUUUCCCUGGACACUGAUGGUCGAGUCAUCAGAUGUGAUUCUUUCUCUAAAACUAUCUCUUCUGGAUUCAGAAUAGGCUUUGUAACAGGACCCGCACCACUUAUUGACAAGAUUAUUCUACACACCCAGGUCUCAACAAUGCAACCAAGCACUUUUACACAGGUUAUCCUAUUACAGCUCCUUAAGAAAUGGGGACAAAAAGGUUUCCUGGACCAUAUAGACAGAGUGGCAACAUCGUACAGAAAACAGAGGGACCUAAUGCUUGCUGCAGCAGACAAAUGGCUGAAAGAUUUAGCAGAAUGGUAUACUCCUGAAGCUGGACUAUUUCUGUGGAUUAAAAUUAAGGGGAUUUCUGAUACACACGAGAUGAUAACAAAAAAAGCAAUGGAGAAAGGGGUGGUUUUGCUUCCUGGGAGAGGUUUUAUGACUGAUUCUUCAAAACCUAGUCCCUACAUCAGGGCUUCCUUUUCUUUUGCUUCUCCAGAUCAAAUGGACCAGGGAUUCCAGAAGUUGGCCGAACUUAUAAGGGAAGAAAUUGAAUGAAGUCUUUGACAAAGCAGUACUUGUGGAAAAAUCUUCACAGACUGACAUUCAAAAGCUGUGCCUUUAAUUUCACUGAGCAUGCUGUUAAAUAAAUCAUUUA